UACAUUCUUUAAUGGUUGUGAAAAAAAUAUUUUAGUGUUUUGUUAUCACCAACUCAAAGCUGCUUGUCAAUGGUGACUAGGAAUUCGAAACGAUCAUUAGAAAGUCUUCAUCAGGAGCUGUGUGAGGCCUUUCCCACCAGUUUCUCUGCCAUCUCUGUGCUCCUCCCUGGAGCAGGAAGGCCUGGGGGUUCCCUGCAGGGGAGGCCGAGGCUGAGCUCAUUAUAAGGAUCAGCUGGUCUCUGCCUUGCUUGAGUCAUCAUCAGCACUCCACUGAGCCCUCUAGCAGACACGGUUCUGGAGUGGCACAGCUUCACUCAGGAGAGGGCUCUGGGUCGACCCCCAGACGACAGUAUUGUUUUGGUCAUGCCUAUGAAAUGACUGCAUGACUGGAAGGCGUAAGAAAUUGCAUCUCGGGUCCAAGGCCAAAACGACUGCCUCGUGCUGUGCUCGGCUUCCGAACUUUCGCGUGGCAGGCAGACGAGCCCCUCCGGGGCUGGGCACUGGCCGGCCGCCCGGGGCUGUGCCACGACCACGGAAGGCGCGACCCCGCCCCGGCCUCCUCGCACAGCCAAUCGCAGAAUUCCUCCCCGCUCACGAACUCUAUUUUAAGAACCUCUCAAAAAGAAAAAAACAAGUCAUGGAGAAGGAGAAUAACCGAAAGCUUCGGGUCUGUGUUGCUACUUGCAACCGUGCUGAUUAUUCUAAACUCGCCCCAAUCAUGUUUGGCAUUAAAAUGGAACCUGAGUUCUUUGAACUUGACGUGGUGGUACUUGGCUCUCACCUGAUAGAUGACUAUGGAAACACAUAUCGCAUGAUUGAACAAGAUGACUUUGACAUUAACACCAGACUACACACAAUUGUCAGAGGGGAAGAUGAGGCAGCCAUGGUGGAGUCAGUGGGCCUGGCCCUUGUGAAGCUACCAGAUGUUCUUAACCGCCUGAAGCCUGAUAUCAUGAUUGUUCAUGGAGACAGGUUUGAUGCCCUGGCUCUGGCUACAUCUGCUGCCUUGAUGAACAUCCGAAUCCUUCACAUUGAAGGGGGGGAAGUCAGUGGGACCAUUGACGACUCCAUCAGACACGCUAUAACAAAACUGGCUCAUUAUCAUGUGUGCUGUACCCGAAGUGCAGAGCAACACCUGAUAUCCAUGUGUGAGGACCAUGAUCGCAUCUUGUUGGCAGGCUGCCCUUCCUAUGACAAACUUCUCUCCGCCAAGAACAAAGACUACAUGAGCAUCAUUCGGAUGUGGUUAGGUGAUGAUGUAAAAUCUAAAGAUUACAUUGUUGCACUACAGCACCCUGUGACCACGGACAUUAAGCAUUCCAUAAAAAUGUUUGAAUUAACAUUGGAUGCACUUAUCUCAUUUAACAAGCGGACCCUAGUUCUGUUUCCAAAUAUUGAUGCAGGGAGCAAAGAGAUGGUUCGAGUGAUGAGGAAGAAGGGCAUUGAGCAUCAUCCCAAUUUUCGUGCAGUUAAACAUGUCCCAUUUGACCAGUUCAUACAGCUGGUUGCCCAUGCUGGUUGUAUGAUUGGGAACAGCAGCUGUGGGGUACGAGAGGUUGGAGCUUUUGGAACACCUGUGAUCAACCUAGGGACACGUCAGAUUGGAAGAGAAACAGGGGAGAAUGUCCUUCAUGUCCGGGAUGCUGAUACCCAAGAUAAAAUAUUGCAAGCGCUGCACCUUCAGUUUGGUAAACAGUACCCCUGUUCAAAGAUAUAUGGGGAUGGAAAUGCUGUUCCAAGGAUUUUGAAGUUUCUCAAAUCUAUUGAUCUUCAAGAGCCACUACAAAAGAAAUUCUGUUUUCCUCCUGUGAAGGAUAACAUCUCCCAAGAUAUUGACCAUAUUCUUGAAACUCUAAGUGCCUUGGCUGUUGAUCUUGGUGGGACGAACCUCCGAGUUGCAAUAGUCAGCAUGAAGGGUGAAAUAGUUAAGAAGUAUACUCAGUUCAAUCCUAAAACCUAUGAAGAGAGGAUUAAUUUAAUCCUACAGAUGUGUGUAGAAGCUGCAGCAGAAGCUGUAAAACUGAACUGCAGGAUUUUGGGAGUAGGCAUUUCGACAGGUGGCCGUGUAAAUCCUCGGGAAGGAAUUGUGCUGCAUUCAACCAAACUGAUUCAAGAGUGGAACUCUGUGGAUCUCAGGACCCCCCUGUCUGACACUUUGCAUCUCCCCGUAUGGGUAGACAAUGAUGGCAACUGUGCUGCCCUGGCAGAAAGGAAAUUUGGCCAAGGAAAGGGCCUUGAAAACUUUGUGACACUUAUCACAGGCACAGGAAUUGGCGGGGGGAUCGUCCAUCAGCAUGAACUGAUCCAUGGCAGCUCCUUCUGCGCUGCGGAGCUCGGCCACAUUGUGGUGUCCCUGGAUGGGCCUGACUGUUCCUGUGGAAGCCAUGGGUGUAUUGAAGCAUAUGCCUCUGGAAUGGCCUUGCAGAGGGAAGCAAAAAAGCUACAUGAUGAAGACCAGCUCUUGGUGGAAGGGAUGUCCGUGCCAAAAGACGAAGCUGUGGGCGCACUCCAUCUCAUCCAAGCUGCGAAACUUGGCAAUGCAAAGGCCCAGAGCAUCUUGAGAACAGCUGGAACAGCGUUGGGUCUUGGGGUUGUGAACAUCCUCCACACUAUGAAUCCUUCCCUUGUGAUCCUCUCUGGAGUCCUAGCCAGUCACUAUAUCCACACUGUCAAAGACGUCAUCCGCCAGCAAGCCUUGUCCUCGGUUCAGGACGUGGAUGUGGUGGUUUCGGAUUUGGUGGAACCCGCCCUGCUCGGCGCCGCCAGCAUGGUUCUGGACUACACGACUCGCAGGAUCUACUAG